AUGGAAAUUUUAUUAAAUGGAAGAUGGAAGAUAAUUGGAUUGUUUAUUCCUCCACCUGAACAACAACAAUUAUUACAAGAGUGUCAAGCAUUGAUUUUGUUACAUCAACAAACUGCUUUAACAAAUCCAUCAGAUACAAAUAAUCAAAAUCAAACUAUAUUCUUACAAAAGCUUUGUGAAUUGAUUCAACAAAAACCUAUUCCAAGUGAAGAGAUUCAAAAAAUCAGACAGUUGCUUGCUACAACUUUACCCACUACUGCAGUUACAACCAAUAAUUUACCAGCUCUUUUAAAUAAUGUUGCUCCUCAACAUUUAUCAACUCCUUCGCCACCACAUAAUGUUGUUAUGUCAAUGCCACAACUUCAUCAAAUCCUUCAACAACCUAAUACAUUAUUAACUAACCCUGUCACUUCUGCUUCUAUACCAGUAACUACAUCUGCUGGAGUAAUUUCAAUUCUUUAUGAUGCAUUGCCAUCUCAAUGUAAACAAUGCGGGAUUAGAUUUGCUAAAGAUUCAAAAGAUGGAGGAGGAAAGAUUGGUAAGCAUUUGGAUUGGCAUUUUAGACAAAAUCGUAAGAUAAAGGAAAAAGCCAGGAAGGCACAAAGUAGAAAUUGGUUUGUCACUGAGGAGGAUUUUAUUAAUUCAAGAGAUUCAGAUUCUCAAAAUGGAAAUACACCAACAUUCUUUGAAUGUGAUACUAGCAAUUUUAAAUUAAACAAAAGAACAAGUGGAAUUGGUGAUGGUAGUGGAACUUCUAGAUCAAAAAAGGCAAAAAUAGAUCAUAAUAAUAAAAAUGAUAUUAACAAUCUUAUCAGUGAAUCAACUGUUAUUGUUCCACUUGAUAUUCAAAAAACUAAUAAACCUUGUCCCAUUUGUAAAGAAAAAUUUCAAAUGUUUUGGAAUGAUAAUGAAGAAGAAUGGAUGUAUAGAAAUGCUGUGGAAAUAAAUGGUGUUAUUUGUCAUGCAACUUGUCAUUCUGAUGCAAUAAAGCUUAAUGUUGUUAGUUAG